AAACAGAAAUGGCCGCCUUACGCAAACUUGCAUUGAUGGUAAAUAAGUCUUCACACCUGAAUAUCGCAUGUCUGACACGAAGUCUGAAAUCUGGGUGUCAGACAAAUACGAAAAGAAGCACAUUGAGGUUUGCUGCAUCUGGAGUAUGUGUUGCUACCGGAGGUGCUGUUGCUUAUUAUUGGUACUGUGAAACGUAUGACCACAAACGGAGGAGGGGACUGCUUCCAUCACUACCCCCAGUAGCCGCGAAAGAAAAGGCCAGGACAUUUGACUUUGAGGAUGAAGAGGUGUUUGUGUCAUCUCAGGAGCAGAGAUUCUGUUUGUUCAGCUCCGUGAAGUGUGACGGACAGCUGUUCAUGACUCCACAGAAUUUCAUUGAGUCUGUCACCAUGAACGAGCCCAAAAACAAGAAGCUUUGGAAGUCCAUUACAAAACAGGAACUGGAGAAGAUCCUGUCAGAGACUCCACCUGUUUGGAAAGGAUCAUCUAAACUGUUCCGAAAUCUUCAUGAUCAGGGCAUCAUCGCUUAUACAGAGUAUCUUUUCCUACUCUGCAUUUUGACAAAGCCUCAUGCUGGCUUUAAAAUAGCCUUCAAUAUGUUUGAUGCAGAUGGAAAUCAAAUCGUGGACAAGAGGGAAUUUUUGGUGCUGCAGGAAAUCUUCCGUAAGAAAAACGAGAAAAAGGAGCGAAAAGGAGACGCUGAGAAAUCUGCACUAGUGAAUGUGCAGCUUUAUGGAUAUCAGGCUUCCUCUGUGAGUAGUGUUUUAAAAAAAGAGUCUCAGGAUGUUGUGCCCAGAAGCUACUGGGAUGUUCUGAGACGCAGCACGAGUCAAGCUCUCUUUUCAGACCUGGCAGAGAGUGCUGAUGAGAACAUGACGACAGACACAACGCUGUUGGUGCAUUUCUUUGGGAAGAAAGGGAAAGCUGAGCUAACGUUUGACGACUUUUACAAAUUCAUGGACAACCUGCAGACAGAGGUCCUUGAGAUUGAGUUCCUCGCCUACUCCAAGGGGAUGACCACCAUCAGCGAGGAGGACUUUGCUCGCAUCCUGCUACGCUACACCAACGUGGAGAACAUCGGCAGCUAUCUGGAGAAUGUUCGACAGAGCAUUCCAGACGAGAAGGGGAUCACUUUUGAUGAGUUCAGAUCCUUCUUCCAGUUCCUGAACAAUUUGGAGGAUUUUGCCAUUGCAAUGCAGAUGUACACCUUUGCAAACCGGUCAAUAGGACAAGAUGAGUUUGCUCGUGCAGUUUACGUGGCUACAGGACUGAAGCUCUCUCGCCACCUGGUGAACACGGUCUUCAAGAUCUUCGACGUGGACCACGACGACCAGCUGAGCUACAAGGAGUUCAUUGGCAUCAUGCGGGACCGCCUUCACCGGGGCUCAAGGAGGUAUAGAACAGAGGAAAGGUUUACUACCUUCAGAGCCUGUCUGAAGAAGGAGCUCUCAAGCAGAUAAGUGAAUAGUCUGUUCAGCAUUUACCUGGGAGUCCAAUCUGGGAAUCACCUCUAAAAGUGUAGAAGAGAGUGGUCAGUUGAUUUCUGCUGUGAUGUUGAAGAAGUGAAAGUCCAGAAGCAGUCUCUUCACUUCGGAUCCACAGACUUAACAGUCUCUCAGCCUAACCUCCACUGGCACAUUGAGGUUCACUGGCUCCUGACAGUACAUGAAACAUCUCACACUGCGCAUGCACGCACGCACACACACACACACACACACACACACACACACACACACACACAC